CCGCGAAUCGCCAACAACCACGAUGGCACAGGACAAGGAUGCUGACGUGCGCCACAGCACGCACCAGCCGAAACAGCAGCAGGAGGCACAGCAACAACGCGAACAGGAACGCCAACAGCCACAGCAACAACGCGAACAGGGACAAGAACGCGAACAAGCAGGAGAUGAAGCAAAGCCGGUUGGGUGGCUGAACGUGAUUGGGUUUGUCAUAGGCUUGCUGUUCCUGCCCAUUGUGCUGAACAGCGCUGGCCUGCAGCACGAAGCACUGGCGCUGCUGCCGAACAGCACCGCUUACUUCCACGCUGUUGGCUAUGGCACACAGCUGUACUUGGAGUGCACAGACACCCCGACGACGGGUACUAAAGAUGGGCGGCCAACGGUUCUGAUCGAGGCGGACGUGGGCAUGGGUGCGGAGGAAUACCGUCCUCUGAUGGAAGCACUCGCACCAACUGCUCGCGUGUGCAUCUAUGACCGCGCGGGGCUCGGCCACUCUGGCCAGUUCACCCGCAUGAACCCGCCCACAGACCCGUAUGCGUACAUGGGGUCGGAGAUCAAGCCGCGUGGAGACAAGGUGGGCACGGCGGAGCGGGCUGCGGAAGACCUUCACUGGCUGCUGCGCAAGGCAAACGUCUCUUUGCCAGUGACGCUGGUGUCCUUUGGCCUCUCCACCAUGACCUCCCGAUUCUACUCGCAGCUGUACGAGGACGAUGUUGCCGGGAUCAUCUUGAUCAACCCUGUCCACGAAUCCCUCCUCACAGACAGCGUUUCCGUCACGGCUCCACCGUCGCCAUUUUACCAAUUCUGGUACGGCAGCGUUGUGCCGGCACAGGAGCUGCGGCAGCUGAGCGCGUUCAUGGGCUGGACGCGGCUGGCGCUGAUGGGCGGUGUCGCACACGUGCCGGUAGGAAUGGGCAACACCACGUACUCCAAGCACAUUGCGUGCCACGGCGACCACCAGCGCGCAGUGGCGGUGGAGAUGCUGCACGCCAACGAGACGGCAUCCCAGCUCACCAUCAUCAACCAGUUCAAGCCGCUCCCACGCACCACGCCACGCCACAUCAUCGUCACAUCCGACACGGUGGCACUCAUGCCGUAUCUGUCGCAGCCAAAGGCAGUGGCGCUGUGGCGGGACGGCGUUGGGCAGCUGGCACGCGAGCUUGGAGCAGAGCUGGUGGAGGUGACGCUGGAACACCACAGGGGGGACAAUGAACACAACCUUGGCGCUGCCGGUGAUAAUGAUGGUGAUAAUGAUGGUGAUGGUGAUGGUGAUGGUUGUGAUGCCAGUGGUGCUGGUGAUGCUGGCGAUGAUGGUGAUGAUAACGAUGACGAGUUUGGCCGCGUGAAACCACGUGUGGAGAGCACACCGGUGGUUCAUGCACUGAAGCGCGCGAUACAGCCGCUCAUCGCCGCUGCAGACGGCGAGCACCAGCAGCAACAGUGAGACACGCACGUGUGUUUGCAUCUGUGGAUGUGUGCGUCUUGAUUCGUAGCGUCUCGUAAAGUUUGCUGUUUAAUGAAACAGUACUUCGCUUCUUUUCAGCGCACCACUGUGUGUCCCCUACGUCCACACAAACACACAGACACACGCAAACAGCACAGAAACGAAACAGAAACAACAGCCACAACCCG